AAAGCGGCUUUCUCCUCUUUAACUUCUUGUCUUAAUUUCUGCUUGUUACGUCUGCUAAUCCGUCUAAAGAUUCAUAUAAGUAUAACUAAUCAAGUUAAAUCCAAAUCGGAAGUUGGUCGUGAUGGGUAACGUGUUGGACUCAUUCUUCACCGGUUUCUCACAUUCUAUCGGAAACUUCUUUGGUUCUCCACUUGACUUUCUGUCUGGAAAAUCUUGCAGUUCGGUUUGUCCAUCACCGUGGGAUUUCAUAUGCUUCGUUGAGAAUUUCUGCGUGGCUAAUCUUGCAAAAGCUGCCUUAAUCCUAAUCUUAUCCUACUUCUUUCUUUUCUUCAUCUACAUGUUAUACAAAGUUGGGUUUUGGCAUUGUAUCAUCCACGGUUUCUGCAGACUCCUCUGGGCUUUAGUCUCUUGCUGGUUCUACAUGCUUAGCUAUUGCUGUAGUUUCUUCUGCUAUGAUCUGCUACACUCUAAACGUAGAAGAAGACGCAGACACCACAGAUAUAUAGAGGAAGCUUAUGAUGAUAAUAGUGAUAACGAUGAUGAUGAUGAUGGCGAUGAUGGGUCGUUCACAUACCAUAGAUCGAGGCCAGAAUGCAGAAGAGAAGAGCGUCUUAGAAAGUCUUUGAGACCGAGGAGCCAUCGUGUUAGAGUUGGUGUGAGGAAAGACCAUCGUUCUGACUCGGGUUUGAGCCAACAUGCUGAUGGAAGUAGUCCUAUUCAUGGUGUUAGAGUGAGCAGAGAGUCUAAAUUUACACGGAAGGGUUCUAAACGCAGAAAUCGAGUUUACCAUGGUUCUCGCAGAGCCUGAAAUGAACCAUGUCAGUCUUCUUAAUACAUUUAUUUCUACAGUCGAUGUGUAAGUUGCGGUAAGAAGAGUCUCUCGGUGGUAAGGUUUGCUAGUAGUGAGUCGAAGCCGCUAGUGAGGCAUCGUUUCAAGUUCAACAGAGAGUGAACUUGGAUUUUUGCAAGUUAUAAUAAAUAUAUGUUUCUUUGACAAGUUGUGAAGAGAAAUUCUCAAGCAAACCAUGGUAACUGAUCAUUUAGAGGGGCGAAUCGUAGUUGUUUGUUGCUUCAAGACAAGAAGUGGUGGUGGUGGUUCUGUUUUCAUAUAAAGAAAAAGUUUUGAGAUUUUGGAGAAGCAAUUCAAGACCUGUUUGAAACAACAAGAGUAGUAAAGAUAAGGAAUCUUGUUGGAAAUAAGAGUAAUGGGGCUAUAUGGUACGUUAUGUAUAAAGUUGUGUGUAAAUUAUGCUUAGAUUUUAGGUCGGUAAAAUUAUGCUUUACUAUCCUGUGUGAUGUUAAGUAGAGUAAGUGGUGGUUUUCCACUAUCUAUUUACCAUCUUUCUAAGAGAUUAAUGGUUUUCUUCUGCCUUAUAAAUAAGGUAGUGUAGAACCAUAAUAUUCAUUCACUCGUGAAAGAAACAGAGAAAAACUAAAGAAGAAAACAAAAACACAAAUGUCGACAUCCUCCGAUGAUAUGACAGUCGAAGUGAUCAGCAAUGACAACAAAAGUUUUACGGUACCGGCGAAGCGUUUGAUGCAGUCCAAGUUGUUGUCAUUCAUGAUUGGCGACUUGUUCAUCGAGCCAAAGAAGAUACCAGAGAAGAAGGUGAUACCUAGCUAUUCCUAACGUCAACGGCGAGAUUUUGGGGAAGAUUCUGAAGCUUUGAGCCAACCACGAAAAGGGGAAUGUCGGCGAAAUCCUUCCGGACAAGGACAUGCUGAGGGUAAGUUUUUAUUUCAUUCAAUCUCUCUCAAAAUCAAAUCUCUCCUCUGUCUCUUUUGUCUUUUGAUCUCUCUCUGUGUUUGAUCCGGCCAGGCCACGGCCUACCUUGCUAUCGACUGGCUUCUCGAGUUGUUGGUCGAAGCUUUCGCCAACCGGCGACAAGAAAAAUUCGUGUGUGACACAAGAGUUGUGGCUGUUGUGCUGCUAUUAAUGUACAGUGUUACACAUUAUUUACAAGCCCAGUAAAAUUAUGUUUUACUAUCUUGUGUGAUGCUAAGUAGAGAAAGUGGUGGUUUUCCACUAUUUAUUUACCACCUUUCUAAGAGAUUAAAGGUUUUCUAAUGGAGCUAUAUGGUACGUAUGUAUAAAGUUGUGUGUAAACUAUUU